AUGACGCCCCACACUCGAAAGUUGUAUCUGUGCGAGGAGAAGACCCAGGACAAGGGUCCCUCUGUGGACUCAAACGACCUUGACGAGCGCAUAGCAGCGCGAAGAUUGCGUAUUGAAAACCGUGUAGCCCAACAAAAGUAAGUUUGCACAGCUUCGCAGUGCUUAUUCUUACCGCAAUCCAAUAAUAGCCCAGAAUUCUUUGACCAGAAGGUCGAUGACGAUGACGACGAUACCAAGUUGCCCGAAAUCAGCAAAGAGCAGGUCGAACUGAGCAUGCAACGCAUUGUGAACCUUUGUCGAAAUGGCAAUGCCUUCAUAUCCAAUAUCAAGGUGGCCUGCGAUGCUAGAGAAAACCUACGUCGGCUGGAGGAGGAUGAGCUUACUCUUAUUCGCACCCGGAAGCUGGAAGCGGAGGCCAAGGCGGCUGAGGAAACUUUUAAAGCAGUAAGACACCUACGGGGUUUUGCCUGACGGUCCGUCCUGUAGGUGACCGAGAAGUGGGACAAGGUUGACUCGUUGAAAAUUCCUCAGGAGUUGCAUGACGUAAGCACUCGUAGAGUCAUCCUCUUUCAACCUUUAGUAGCUGCUGGAGGAGCAGAAGAAGACUUGUGCUGCAAUGAUUGACGAGAAGAAUCGGCUGAUACAUGAAAUACACCUCGUGAGUUGAAAUGAUUAUAAGUGACCCAUGAAAAUCUAGAGUGACUUCGUUUUAGCGCACCUAAUGUACUCUUAAAAUGUAUAUAUGGUCACUGCCUUCCUUAGAUGAGACUACAUGGAGAUAAUACCAUAGUACUUAGAAUGAGUACGUUCUAUGCGUUAAUCAAGUCGGUUCCUGAGUUCUCGGUGGCCUUAUGCAGGCCAAUGCUGCUGAGACCGAGGUUGAAUUGUGCGAGUUGCUACGCCACAUGGAAUAUGCUUAGGGCACGAACAGAUCUUAGAGCUUGUCUCUACUUUAUAUCAUUCCCUGUAACAUAGUCAUAUUUCAAAAAUUAUCGAACCUUCCAGCGUUGAAUGUCUAGCAGACAACGUUCAUUUAAAAACCUACGUCAGCUGGGAUUCGGAGUUGGGUGUGUCCGUUCAUGAAAGGACGAUAAAAAUCAAGUCAAGGUUUCCCGCACUGUGGCUGGUUACUUUUAAGAUCAUUAAAAAGUACCGGGAAGCACAAGAAGUCAGGUGUUUACGGUGAGGCACAGUUUGCCCUGAUUCUCGUGGUACUGCCGGUAAUGGGGUUUCAUAUCUGACAUAUCAGCCUUGGGGUAAAACUAUACUACCCUCCGAGAAUGAAUCUGUUCUUAAAAGAAGGUAAAACCCUUCAGCAGUACCUGUAGAAGUUACAUUGUGCAGCGAUGAAGGAGGUGAGCCUCACCUUUGUGUUUGUUUACAUGAACGGGCACUAGUCUGAUGUCCACACGAGCACUGGGACUCUCGGAAAAUGCAAAAAAAUGAUGUGGCAACUUGUAAGGUCUGUCGACUGCUCCAUGCCAAUGCGCAACAGGAAUGAAGAAAUUAUCCGCUCUGACGGUUCAACCGUCGAUUUCGACGAUGUCCACCGUGUGCUCCAAGUCAGGGUGAGAGCAGGGAUGGUGACUUGCGUGCGAAUCAGUUUAUGGUGGCAGUAGACUUGCACAGCAUCUGUCGUACUCCCCUCCCCUCCUCCACCUUGACCCCGCGUCAAGUCAGCGGCAAGGAGACCGGAAGCAGGAGAGCGCGCAGGUGGUUGGUACGGCGCAAAUUCGCAAGUAGGUGUGCCGCCGCAUCCCCUGGUCCACAACGUACAGUAACAUGAUUUUAUGCACCAGUAAAUAAGGGGGCAGCACGGAUCUCAGUUUGCGCGGCGUGCGCCGGCACAUGCAAGGGCCAUCAAAUCCUACUGUUGGCAUUUGUUAUGGGUGGGCAUUCCCGAUAACGCCUUCCAGAAUCUGAUGUAGUCCCUUUCUUGUUCCAGCGUAUUUUCCACGUGGUAUAUUGUGUGCACUUUCUCCACUGCCUGGGCUGCCGGUUUCCACAACGUUUAGACGAGAUCCCCCACGAUCGCAGCCCUUAAUAAUGCCGACCGCAUAGCCCAGCGGAGAGGUGUUUGACACAUGUAUGCAUGUAUGCGGGUCAUUGCAAAAGAUCAGUCAAAAGUAGCCCAUUUUAUUGCGAAUCUCUUGCCUGAUAAAUAUAGCCCCGUGUAGUGUUAGUUCUCACGCCGUAGCAUGAGUGCCUUGACACGUGAAGCUCGCAAGCUCGACCUAACUCGUUACGGACUAAGAGGUGAGCUUGCUGAUGGGGCUUACGACUAACUGUCGAGAAUUUGUCAAGGGCCACUGUUUUUUGCUACGCCCAGACAUUUGCAGAACGAACCUUUGGUAGGACUGACUUAUGUGGACCUGUAACCUGACCGGUUCAAUCGCGCAUCCUUGUCUACUUGUUUGAUUUCAGUAGCGUAUGUUCGGUUUGUUUGUUUUUGUAAUUUUCCCUGGGUUACCGUGGUCGGUCACAGCGGAGAUCGAACGGCUGGAGGUGAUUUUCGUUAACACUAUCGCUUUUUCCCACGACAAAGUAUCCAAUAACGUCUGGUAUCGGCUUAAUGGACUCCGGCUGGACAUGACGUCGACGUCCGGUAUCAUAUUCGUGACCAAGUUUCCCUCUCCCCUCUAAUUCAGCGUAUAGUUUUCGCUUGGUGAGGCGCGAGCGCGCCAGGUAUCACGGCCAGUCCUGACAGUCAUACCGCUUACUGACAUAUCACAAGGCUCACUAUGUAAUAAUACUUUGCCUAUUGACAUUCUUUUGCGCAUAACCGCUGACGCUUGCCCUUACUUUUGGACGGCCUCGUGAUGACCACCGUUACCGUCCGUUAUCUCGUCUUCCCAUUGGUCAUCAUCCGCCUACCAUCUGCUUCUCCUCACAUCUCCAGCCAAUCGCGUUAGCGCACAUCAUUCGGUCUCUUCGCGCUAGUUCUACGCUAUUUUUAAACUUGGCGCAGCUUAAUCCUGUUUCUUAAUUACUCCGCUUAAAUGAACUUCGACCUCAUUGAGAAUUUCGGCUUACCCAUGAUUUGAGCGGACUUUUGCGACUUGUCGGUUAGUCUCGCCCUUCUUAUCACCAUUCCCGCGUUGAAGUUGGCCUGAGUUCGGUUUUCAGUUACAAGUCUACCUAAGUCAGUCACGCCUAAACCCUAACUGGAAUUUCUGACCAGUGGACAUUUGCCGAAAUAGUUGGCUUGUAGAAUACUCUGUGUUCCAUUCGUUGCUUGUUUUCAUUCGAUGAAUUGAAUUUGCUUUUCCAAGCGUAGAGAUCGAAUUGUAAUUGGAAGCUCGUUUUCUAACGGCAGAGUCACAUGCCCAUUCAAACAAGCUGAAGUUGUUUUGCCCUUCCUUCGCCUCUUGCAGGAACUCAAGGCCAAAGACGAUCACUUUGUGAAGGAGUUAAAGAAGCGUUCCGAGGACGUGGAAGUCAUGGUGGAGAGAAUGGAGUCUCAAAUGAAGUCUAUGCAGCGCGCGUACACCUUCGAGUUGCAGGAGAUUGAGGUUUGCGCCACUGGCCCUCCAACCAGACGUUUUUAGCGCGCUUUUUUGCAGGAACGAGACAAGCUGCUGGAAAUUCAGAACAAGGACUGGGACGACUUCAUCGAGGAAAUUCGGAAAAAGCAAGCAAGUUUUCGGAAUUUGAAGGAAGAUCAUUAGUCCACCCUAUAGGUCGACUACCUGAAGGAAAGGCAAGCCAGAAUUGAGGAGCUGGAUGGGCUGAUUCAUACUCUGCGAACCAAUCACUGCCAGGAAUUCAACGCACUGAAACUGAGACUGACGACGGAAGUCCAGGUGACUUCUUUUUGCAUGCACUUUUGACAAAAAAAAUCCAUUUGAUUUUCAUCAGCAAGUGCAUUUGUAACUCUCCCAUCUUUUCCGAAAAAAAUGACAUUAAAACCGUUUUCUCAUUCAAUCACGCAGCAAUUGGAGACAGAUUUGCAACAAAUGAAGGCUGCCUACCAACUGAACCUGGAAAAACUGGAGUAUAACUUUCAGGUGCUCAAACGUCGUGAUGAGGAAAAUACAAUCACGAAAUCGAAGCAAAAGCGGAAGAUUACACACCUGCAAGACCAGCUCAACAUAAUUCGCACCAGAUCAAGAAAAAUGGAAGAACAAAUGAGGUCAGUUGACCAUGUGCUGUGUUUUUUGCAGGUCAUUAGUGCAGCCAGCUUUGGUUUCAGAAAGAUACGGGAACUGUCCGUGUUUGUCGUUUUUUGGGGGGUUCAGCUAGAAAAAGUCAAGAUUUCCUUCUUUGAGACGGUGUGGCGGCUAAGCGGUGAUGGUGUACGCUCAGUACGCCACAACUUCAGGCCAUAUCCCAAGUUGUUAGAAGCAGGACGCCAUUUGGUUAGGACAGUUUAUUCUGCAAAGAAUAGUGAAGGGGAAAGUUGGCAACCGGACGAGGAUGCGUCCGGCGCCGCGGAGGCGGCGUCCGCGAGAGCGACGAGCCCUGUGUCGCCGAAGGUCGCCGCUGCAAAGGUGUCGCUGCAGAUUGUUUACCCCAUUGUUCUGGACUGUUCCCGCCUGUCUUACCAAUCAGCGAUAGGAGCUGCGUUGAUUGACUCCGAGCCCACGCGAAGGUAGUAACAAGCCUCGCGUGGUGCAGGCAGAGAAUCGACCGAAUGCGUGGUGCAGACAGUGAAUUGCAACGAGACAAAUCGAAGCCGGGCAGACGUGCGUGCCAUAGCAGGCUGUCACUGGGACGUAGGUGCAGACGCUAGCGAGAGGCGCGACGUAGCCAUUAUGGCUGUACACUACAACGGUGAACUUAUUCAUGCAUCUAUUAGGCGUCACAAUAAUUAACGAUUAAAUGUGUCCUUAUGUCUUGCUUUCUCAGACGAACUCCGGUUUUUCAAGUGCUUGUUCAAAAUUAUUGUUAUUUCCCCUUAUUCGGUAGGGCAGAAAAUGAACAACUGUCAGAGGACUACAAGAAGCGCAUGGAAAUGUUUCGUGAACUUCAGAAGAAGUCCAAGUGGGUCCUGACUUGUGAAGCACUUUAUAUACUCAUGCAUUCACACAAACUGUGUUUAUUAGAUCGUUCGGCAUAUCGUUACUCGCCAAAUGAUGGGAACGUUAGUGUUUUGAUAAAUUUGCUCAUGCUAACUUCGGUGCUGUAGAAUGCUCAAUCCAGUCCCAAUUCGAGACAGUUGUCUGUCUUUGUGUUACAGCCUAUCGCAAGGUAAUACCUUCGCCUCCAAGUAGUAGCUUUGGAUGUUAAAACCUACCAAAAGUACUGAUACAAAAGUAUAUCCGACCGGUGCCAAAUAAGCGGCCACAGGUCUUCCAUUACGGCUACCUUACGUACUAUUGUUUGUUCAGUAGGUGUGCUUGUGGUAUUUUUUUUUGCCGCCGCGGCAAAAAAAAAUACCACAAGCACACCUACUGAACAAACAAUAGUACGUAAGGUAGCCGUAAUGGAAGACCUGUGGCCUCCAUGGCUAGAAGGAAACAUUCAAACACAUCUAGCAACCCGCCUCCGUAGGGUUUACGUGGAGUUCCCAUUCCCUGUUGCCUAAAAUUUAUGUCCAACAUACAAUGCAACUUCUAUGCAUUUACGCACACAAACUUCUCUUACUCCAAACCACCUCUGGGCAGUUCCCCAUGCGUUGCAGUUGCGCUGUUAACUGCCAGUUUGACGGUUUCUCGGUUUACGUAGUGUUUCCCGUCAUCAUCUCUCGGUUUCCAAUCAUGGUCCACUUGCCUCUCCUCCUACGCAUUCCGGAGUCCACCUAACUGAGUUGCCAGCAUUCCCAUUUCGUCAUUAGGACUACCACUUACGCCAGCUGUCCACUAACGUUUCCAGCCCGCCUUCAACUUCCGGGCGUACACCUGACCCUGCAGGCCUUCUCUCCGCAUAUUCUGCAACACCCACCCCUCCCCCCCGAAACUAAAAGGCUUACAGCCUACGCCGUCCAAACAUACGUCUGUCACUUUGGGGUAGCUGCUACCACAGGCAUUCGGCUCUUAGACCACUGCCGUAUUUACAUACACCUCUACCGCCUAGCCCACGCCUUUCCCCUUCCCCCCUUCCGAAGGCCUGUAAUCUACGCCGUGCUGAUAUCAUUUCCCGCAGUACCGCUCCCUUUUACGCAAACUUACCGCAAUCGACAAUUCCUUCAUCGGCUGUUUCCAUUUCCGCCUGCUUCACAGUCUACUGUCCCUCCCAACCGGCUUUGUUAGUUGACCUGAUAUGCCCUUCCCUGCGGGUGGGUCAUGUCGCUCGUUACCAGCUACAGUUAUUCCUACUUAUCGUCUACCGUGGCCGGCAGCGGCCUCAGACAGUCUCUACGUAUCUCCCAGUUCCCGCCCUAAAGGCCUUCCGUAAUCACUUCCUUCCUGACUUACAAGGGUUUAUCGACGAGGCUUAGUGGACGUCAUUGCAUUAUUCUACGUACGUAAAUAUGUUUACGUACCAAGCCUCCAAGGUUGGUCGAUUAGUCGAAAUCCUUACCGUUAUAUGAUGGCUACGUUACCACUGCUAGAGACAGCCACCCAUCCAACAGACAACGUCCGUUCAAUUCCCCCAUUAGUGAUCCAUAGGUACCUAUCAGCUAACGCAGCCCUUCGGAUGACAGUUAUUCAACUGCUUACCACACCUUACCUCAUUCCGGAGGCUUCGCCGUACCGUAAUCAAUAA